CCUCUUCAGUUCCACGUCAGUCUAACUCAUUUGUCACUUGGCCAGUCCCUUCCCAAAGUCCAAAACCCACACAACAGAGAACUGAGAAAGCCCCGAAGAACUAGUGAAGCAGAAGCAGAAGAGAAGAUUUCACGGAAUACCCCACAAAGAUGCAGAGUUCAUCACUGGUUUCAGCCCAACACCUGCUCCUUCUGUCAAUCACUCUCAGUGUUUUGAGAGUAGGAGUAACUGAAGAAGGGUUCUGUUCUGCACCAUCAGUCUCGGGAGACAAAUCUGAUUCGCAGUCUCUUUACUGGAAAGUCACGAAUCCCACACUUUCUCCUUCUCAUUUACAAGACUUGCCUGGGUUUACUCGCAGUGUUUACAAGAGAGAUCAUGCUUUAAUUACGCCUGAAAGUCAUGUCUUCAGCCCUUUACCUGAUUGGGCAAAUACAUUGGGAGCGUAUCUUAUCUCACCUGUGGUGGGGGCACACUUUGUUAUGUACCUGGCAAAGAUGCAAGAAAAAUCAAGAUCAGGGAUCCCUCCACGCGAUGUUGAGAGGUUCAUAUUUGUGGUUGAGGGUACUGUGACACUCACCAAUGUGUCAGGCAUUAGCGACAAACUGCCAGUGGAUUCAUAUGCCUAUCUACCUCCAAAUUUUGAACAUUCUAUCAAGUGUCGUGCAUUUGCUGCUCUCGUUGUGUUUGAAAGAAGGUAUGCCUUCCUGGAAAAUGAUACUACUGAGCAGAUUGUUAGUUCAACAGACAAGCAACCACUUCUUCAAACUCCCGGUGAGGUUUUUGAACUCAGGAAGCUUCUUCCUGCUUCAAUGCCUUAUGACUUCAACAUACAUAUCAUGGAUUUUCAACCGGGAGAAUUUCUUAAUGUGAAGGAGGUCCAUUAUAAUCAGCAUGGUUUGUUGCUUUUAGAGGGCCAGGGGAUUUAUCGAUUAGGCGAUAGCUGGUACCCAGUUCAAUCUGGUGAUGCUAUUUGGAUGGCACCGUUUGUGCCUCAAUGGUACGCUGCUCUUGGUAAAACCAGGUCACGGUAUCUCCUGUACAAAGAUGUAAAUAGGAACCCUCUGUAAUCAUCAUCUGCUAAUUGCUACGCCAAUGGAUUUUCGAUUUUAGAUCUCAAUGGCUACAGCUUUUUUGGCUCCUGGGUUCUGUGGAAUUACAUUGGAAAAAUAAUAAAACAAACUCAUGGAUUCAAUGCAGUAAUCAGCCUAAUACAUGAGAAAAUAUUUUCUGAA